AUGCCAUCUUCAUCAACAACGCUCCCAAUGAAUAUCAGCGAAGAACGUUUCUUAAAGCUGGAAAGACAAGUGACAGCAAACGGUCAUGCUCUUUCCACUUUACAGCCUAGCUUUCCAAGCGGUGGUUCUCACAUGGUUCACAGAAAACUCGCUUUACCAAUCCCAUUAGCCUCUUAUGCUAUUGGUGCAACGACUUGGUUACUAGGUCUUCUUGUAUUGCAUGUUCGCAAUAUUACUGAAAUCAACUUUUGGAUCGUGACUGGUAUACCGAUGGGCUCUAUCUUGACAAUUUUGUGUGGAAUGGGUGAAUUCUUUACCGGUAAUACGUUUGGAUGUGCUUUAUUCUCUGCCGUUGGCGGUAUCAUCUUUGGUCUUUCGAUGCCUUUUUUACCGUGGUCAGGAAUUCAAACAGCAUUUGCUCAAACAGUUGGUGGAAAUCAAGAAGAAACGUUGAAAUUAGUCAACGCAUCAGGAGGUAUUUAUUUAGAGGUAAUUUUCGUACCUUUAUUAAUGCUCUUGAUCGCUGCUCAAAAGACAGCAUUAGUUUUCGUUUGGAAUUUAACGAUGAUCAUUAUCGUUGUUAUCACUCUUGGAAUUUCCAAUAUGACCGGGAGUGAAUCUUGUCUGGUUGUUUCGGGAAUCUUUUUAUUACUUACAACGGCAGGAUUAUUUUAUGGUGGAACAUCAAUCCUUUUAGCAGAAGUUGGUCAUCCGCUUGCCAAAUUUGUUCCUCUUGGAAGUUUGAAUUCGAAAGAGAAUUGAUGGAAAAGCAAGUCAUACUCUCAUACUCUGUGGCUUGUAAGCAACCGCCAUACGUUGGCGUAAGAUGCGGGCCGCGGGUAUAGUGCGUCACAAU